GGAUGACAACGAUAACGAUUCUAUUCGGAGGACCAGUGUCGACGUUGUGUGUUUAAUUGUUUAUCUCAUCAUAAUUAAAUUCGUUGAUCGUUGAAAAAUAGUUUAAAUACGCAACAGAUAUUUUACAUUUGUUAAAAUUAUAUGGUUUUCGUGAAUGACAUAAUAAUUACCCUUAUCCACAAUGAAACUCGUGAUUACUAAAUCAUUGCAAUGUUUUAUAUUAUUACUCUUGCUUAGUUUUGUUUUAUGUGAAAAUAAAUACUCCAAAAAUGCAAAUGAAAAACAGAAGAACAAAAAGGUCGAUUUUAGAACUUUAGAGAAACCGUUCAGAAUGAAUAAGCUCAACAUUUUGUGGACGAAAGCCAAGCAGCGCUUAAGUGAGCCGAAACUACAAUCGCUGUACAGUGAUUUGAUGAUACACGACAAAGAAGAAGUGACAUAUAAACGAGUAAAGAGUGAAGGGGGUGAUAAGGAGGGCUUGAAGGAGACAGAGCUGCGGCGGAAGCUCACCAACAUCAUGACUGUAUACGGGCUUCGGGAACACUUUGACGACCACUCAGGAGGCAAAGUCAAGGACCACCCAGCUCACAACUCUGCAUUGGAUGACCAUAUCAACAGGAGCAUUUUCAAAGACAAGAAGUUGAACAUGCUCUGGUCAAAGGCUGAGGCGUCUGGCUUCACCAAUGAGGAACUUGCUGCCCUCAAGGAGGAGUUCACCCACCACCAGGAGAAGAUAGACCAAUAUUACGAGCUGCUCAAUAAUGUUGAUAAUAUCAAGAGUGAUGGUUUUAAAAAUGCUGUGAAUGAAGAAGAAUUGGACAAAUUUAAUGAAAUUAAUUACCAGACCAAAACCAAUGAAAUUGGCCAGAAGGAUUAUCUUGAUGCGGCUAAUUUAGUUAGAGAUAAACACCGAGGUUUGAGGGACGGCUAUGACAGACUUCAGAGGAUGGCGGCCAGAGGUCCCAAUAACAAGGAAUUCAUCGAGCCUAAAGUACAAGGACUAUGGAAGAUUGCUACAGCUGCUAACUUCACUGUAGAUGAACUUGAAUCUUUGAAGGUCGAGCUGCAGCAUUACGAGUCCAGGCUGCUGAAGCUACGCCACAUCCAGGCUGACCACGCAAGCAACUUCGAUAAGCAUCACAGCAAGAUAGCGGCAGCCGGCGACAAGGUGGACCACUUCGACGAACAGCAGCAGAUGAUCAAGAAGCACUCUCGGAAGGUGGAGAAGCUGCACCAAGACCUCGAGAGCAGGAUCCUCGCGAGGCACUCAGAGUUAUAAACUAUCAAUGUAGUACUUAAGAAUUGUCUGUUGUUUCUACAGUAUACUCAAUCAUCUACAUGACGAUUGACGAUUCUAACCUGAACUAUUUCCCCAGUUGCAGUUCAGAUUUAAGUAGUACAAACUGUCUCCCUGCGUCAAAUCACAGUAACAUGUUUUGUGCUACAAUUUCAAAAAUAUGUAUGAACCUCACAUAUCAUUAUCAAGUAUGUAUGUGUACACCUCAGCAUUUUUUCUUUCCUCUUCUUUUUGCUGAAUAUCCCAAUACUUGUAUGGUAUGCAGGACCAUGAGUCAUAAAAAUGUUGUAACACUUGUAACUAAAAAUUGUUUACGAUGUGACUGCUAUCUUGGACUUCAAGUGUUUUCUUAUUUAAAAAGUGCUAGUUAUUAUUGACUUGAGUGCCAAAAACUGUCUAAUUACUUUGAUGUUUGUCUAGCA